CUAAAUCGCCGUAGCCAUGUUUGCACGCGAUUGUUUUCUUAAAACAGUGAAAUUUUAUUAAAUGAAUUGUUUUCAUAAACAAUGCAUGUAGGAUGUAAUGUCGUUGCCGGUGUCCCAAUAUGAGGCCCUGCUUGCUGAGGUACGCGACUUGAGAAAAAAAGCUCAACGCGUCCAACAGCUUGCCAGGCCCCUCAUAGAUAGUGCAGACUAUAGUUCACCAUCUUCAUCUGUUUUGAAUAAUGAUUUAGAUGAAGCUCUCUUCCACAAUAUGGACUCUUUAUUAGUAGAUCGCAACGCACAGUCGUCAAAAUAUGAACGUGCCAAGUCCACAAACGGUACCGACCCCGCAUCGCCAAGCGAAACCGGCGAAUUCGGUGCAGUCGGCAAUGGCGGCGGGCACAUGUCGGUCAGCAGCGAGCCGGUUUCGCAUCGCAACCGUUCGUCCCUGUACCACGGCACCUGGCCAGUGGAACGAACCAUGUGGAACUCCGAGCCGGCCAGUCUUGGCGCGCAGACCGGCGGCGGCUCCAUACACAAUGGAGUCGACGUCACGAGCGUCAUGAGUUUCGCGUCGAGCUCCGGAGCUGCCCAUCUGGACAGGUGUCUCGAUAGUCCGGACGCGUCAAGAAGGUCUUCCCAGCAACUCGAGGCCAAAGUAGAUAUGGUUUAUAGUUUAUUGGCUGUGUUGGGUGGGCAGGAGCACGCCGACAUGGGCGAAACCCUCCUCGCGCUUAGUACAAAUCCUGAAAGCUGUCUUGCCAUGCGUCAGUCUGGUUGUAUACCAUUAUUGGUCCAAUUAGUCCAAUCUGAGAAAGAUGUAGAAACAAAGAAAAAAGCAUCACUAGCGUUACAUAAUCUAGUUCAUUCGCAAACCGACGAGAAAAUUAGGAAACGCGAAAUCAGAAUAUUGAAACUUUUAGAACAAGCAAGAGCUUACACAGAAGCCCUCCGUGCCAAUACAGAAUACAAUCCAGAACCAAACUCAUCCUCUUCAAAUGAAGAUGGAGAUAGCCAUCCAGUGCAAGUUAUUGCUCACUUAAUGAAGUUAUCUUUCGAUGAAGGCCACAGGCAAGCAAUAUGUCAACUUGGAGGGAUACAUGUAAUAGCCACAUUAGUUGAGGCGGAACAUGCAAGGCACGGUAGCACCUCAAGCGAAAAUCAUUGCGUACUAAUGCGUAGAUAUGCUUGUAUGGCACUCACAAACCUCACAUUCGGCGACAGCGGCAACAAAACUUUGUUGUGUUCCUUUAGGGAAUUCAUGAGGGCACUUGUGGUACAACUGCAAAGCCCAAGCGAUGAACUAAGACAGGUCACCGCUAGCGUUUUGCGCAACUUAUCAUGGCGGGCGGAUUCAACGAGUAAAGACAUUUUGCGUGAAGUAGGAAGUGUGACUGGUCUAAUGAAAUCAGCAAUGUUAGAUAAUAAAGAAAACACAUUAAAAUCAAUUUUAUCCGCUUUAUGGAAUCUUUCUGCGCACUGUACGGAAAAUAAAUCUGAAAUUUGCGCUGUAGAAGGAGCAUUGGGCUUCCUUGUAGACAUGCUGACAUAUAAAACACCCUCGAAAUCCUUAGCAAUAAUAGAAAACUCUGGCGGAAUAUUGAGAAACAUUUCUAGCCAGAUUGCAGUUAGAGACGAUUACAGAGAAGUCUUACGCCGACACAAUUCCUUGCAAAUUCUACUUGACCAAUUAAAAUCUCCCAGCUUGACCAUAGUCAGUAAUGCUUGCGGAACGCUAUGGAACUUGUCUGCUAAAUGCGGUGCUGAUCAGGAAAUACUGUGGGAAAUGGGAGCGCCUGCUAUGCUAAGAAGCUUAAAUAAUUCCAAACACAAAAUGAUUGCGAUGGGAUCAAGUGCAGCGUUGAAAAAUUUGCUUAGCGCUAAACCACAGCAACCUCUGCUUUCGCAGCUGGACAGCACUUCUCUGUCUUUAGACCUGCCUGCUUUGCCAACAUUGGGUGCUAGAAAACAGAAGGCUCUUCUGCAAGAUUUAGAUAGUAAUUUAUCGGAGUUGUACGAGAACAUUGAGAAAGAAUCUCCUAUUAAAUUGGCGAAAAGCGAUAAAUACAUUCCAUCAAACGAUUUUAUCCCUAUGCAUUCAUCGCAACCUAUUGACUAUUCUAAAAAUGCAAGUAGCAUAGAAACAGAAAAUAUUAGCAAUGCUUUUAUGAGCCUUAAUAUUAGUGAACCAUCUACCAGCUUCACAAGAAGCACUCCUAGAGCAAAGUCUAGAAUACCUCAGAGUCAUGGUAGCACAAGCUUACCUUAUAUGUCUUCUAGUGAUAAAAGAUCCUCAUCUUCCACUUACGUAUCGAGAAAUAAAUUUUCCGACUGCGCCUAUGAGGAUGAAAUAGUAUCUGAUCAACCUAUAGAUUAUAGCGUAAAAUAUUCCGAAACGAAACCACCAGCUGGCGAAGGUAACAAAGUAAUAGUUAAAGCUGAAAAGGACGAUUCUUUUUACAAUAAACCCAAAUCUGAUGAUGAAAGUUUCAGUAUUUACGCUGAAACUGAUUUAGAUCAACCCACAGACUACUCUCUAAGAUAUGCGGAGGACGAUUCAGAUUCUGAUAUUUGCAACAAAUCAUCUAAAGCGGAGUUUGUUCAGGAUACCGUUAAAACUUACUGUACUGAGGAUACUCCGUACGAAACACCAUUUAACUUUUCAACGGCUACUUCUAUGUCUGACUUACGUCUAGAAGAUAAGACGGUUAUAGAUAACGAUAAAUCGACCAAAAUUUUGCCCAAAUCCAAGGAAAUUAAGAAUGAGGACGAAAAAGAACGUUGUUCGACUGAAGAUAUAUCUGAAAUAGAGAAUCUUCCGAAAAAAGACAAAAUUCCUAAAUCAGAGUUUAGUUCUGGGCUAAUGUCGCCUGAAAAGCCCAUAAACUAUUGCGAAGAAGGCACUCCCGGAUACUUCUCAAGAGUUAGCAGUUUUGGAUCUCUAAACUCCAUACCAGUCAAUGAAACAUUGAAAGAUGUAAAGGAAGAAACAUCGUUAGAACCGGAAGUUGUAGAGAAAACCAUAGUGGAAAAACAGGUCUUCAAGUCACCAGCCGAAAGCAAAGUUGUUAAAUUUGAGCAACAAGUAAAUUAUGCGGAAGAGACUCCCUUAAUGUUUUCGCGAUCCAGCUCGCUUGCAUCUUUGGACAGCAUCGAACAACAUUCCAUUCACGACGAUAGAAGCUCUGUGGUAUCUGAUUUAAGUCGUUUGACGAGCGGAAUCGUAUCUCCAAGCGACUUACCAGAUUCUCCGACCCAAACUGUGCCUCCAAGUCCUAAACCGAGAAAAAUACCAAUAGAGUUCCCGUCUUCGUCAAAAUUAAGAUUAAAUGAUGCGAGACCGCAACCGGCUCCAAGAAAUUUACCAAAACCCAGUGUUUUCGAGGAUAAUUGUACGAAAUUCAAGGAGGAAAGCACUCCAGUGCAAUUUUCCACGGCUACUAGUCUUAGUAGUUUGACUAUUGAUGAUCAUGAUGAACACCAGCAAGAACAAGACAGCAAUACUUCGGUAGAAGCAAACUCUGUGAAGGAAGAAUCCACAGAAAAACGAGACGCUGAAAAAGAUUCCACCAUAUCAGACGGUAAUGAUGAUUUGGUGCAAGAAUCAUCAGAUGAUGAAGAUAUUUUGGCGGCUUGCAUAAAUAUUGGUAUGCAGAACAAUAGACAUAAUAAAUCAAAAACUCCAUCACCAACACCUAAGAUUCCAAUGCCUGGUUACAAAUACGCGAACAGCAUCCAAAGCGGCGGCGGAGUCCAUUCAAGCGGUAUUCCGCUACCGAAAUCCUUGCAACGCGCCGUACCUGUUAGCAGUCAUUCAAACACUCCGAAUACCAGCGCAACGGACACAGUUAAAACCUACUUCACUGAAGACACGCCCGCCAUCCUUAGUCACGCAGGCUCUAAUUCCGACUUGAGCUGUUUGUCAAUACCCACUGAUGUCAAGAGCAAGAAAGAUUAUCUGUCUGAUGACAGCAGUAAUCUGUCCGGUGACAACGAUAACAUCCUGGCGGAAUGCAUACAAUCCGGCAUGCCGAAAUCCAAGAUCACCAAACCGACUGGUUUGCCGAGGAGGAAUGUUCAUUCAAGUACUCCAUUGAAAUAUGCCAGGAACGAUGUUAAAACUAAUAAACCUGACAAUAAGGAGGAAAGAAAAGCUAGUAACGUUCUAGCCCCCUUUUUGUCUGCCAAAGAUGAAUUAAAUACCUAUGGAAUUGAGAACAGUCCAUGCCAGUUUUCAUUGAGAUCCAGUCUAAGUGAUUUAACAAUUGAUGGAAGUGUAGCAGGACUAACAAAAUGUGUCUCUGCAAAUAAUGAACUGGCGUCAAACAAUCAGCCAUCUUCUUCUGGAACAAGAUAUAAACAACCUUUAAACAUUUCUCAAGAAAACAACGCAAGCUUAAGAGACCGCGAAUCACUAUCGUCCAUCAGUGUUGAAUCUCUAGAGUCCAUAGAAGCAGAACAGGCUCUCCUAGAGCAGUGCAUAUCUUCGGGUAUGCCAAAAAGUAACGCUGGCAUGACACCAAUGAAACCCUUGGACAUAUCAAACGCGAAAAAGCCUGUAGGAAUUGCAACUAAGCAGUUUGCCAGUAAGGAGGAGGCAGUGGAUAGCGAGGGGUCGAAGCCAAAAAACGUGAAUGUUGCGUCUGUUGUCGGGAGCACAAAAAUAGUCAACGCAGAGUGUCCGGCCAUGUCACCCGCGGCAGCAGACGUAGAAGAAAAUCAAAAACGGGAGAACGCGAUCAACGAGGCCAAUUACCAAAAUCGCAACCAAGAAGCGUUGCCUUCAAAAGAGACCAAAUUAAUACAAGCAAAGAAGAGUGGAUCUAACAAAUCCAUUCACGCAUACAUACAAGACAAAAGCAUAAGCCAUUCUGAGGAAGAAUGCAGCGAUUGUCAACUAAAAGACGACUUUGAAAGUUGCCUGGAACGAAGCUGCGAACUAUCAGGCAAAGUUGUCGAUAAUAGAAUGCUGGACCCAGAAGCCAUGAUUGAAUCUCUAGACAGAUUCACGGCCGAGUUAAUAUCGCAAGCUAGCCAAUGCAAAACCAAUGAGGACGACUUAUAUAAAAUAUCUAACUCCGAGAAUACUUGGAAUGACGACACUUCACCGAACGAAGUGACUUUUCCAACCAUAUCCAGCAACGCUCCCAACGUGAUAACGUUUAAAAGCGACGAAGAAGUAUCCAAUCAUUUCGAAUGCGAUGUGGUGGAUGGUGUGGAAGGCGAAUCCAACGAGUUUUCGUCAAUAAACACUUCCACCAUGACCGAGUCCACUUUGAUUGCUAUGGAAGCGAAUAAAAUUGCCCACGUAUUCAAAACUGAGGCAGAAAUGUCAUACAGUAUUGGAAGUGUGGCUUCACUGGAACUAGAUAGAGUACAACCUCCGUCUAACAUGAACUCUUUGACGAAUAGCGCUGCGGGAUUGGAGCGAAUCAUACCUAAAAGCCCGAGAUUGGUGUCAAGGAAGAAAUCUUUACCAGCUGGUCUUAUGAUAAGAAGAGCGUUGAGUAACUCGUUAAACCACGGCUCUAGUGUUGAAAGCCUGGAGAAUCAAAGUAUAUCUAACUUGGACCACAUAAAUCCGCCAUCUGAGAUCAGAGAUGUUUUCGAUAUGGAAGGAAGUAUGUGCAGCGUUGCAAGUUUACCGCACGAAAAUUCUUCCUCAGAAGUAAAAGCUGAUUUUGUAAUCAACGGUCCAACAAACAAAGACUUUCAGAACAUUCAGGAGCACAAUCCGAUUUUUAAUAUCAAACAUAGUUUCCUUGGAUCAAUGACCGAUUUGGAUAACAUGAAUCCGCCAUCUUUAUUUAACGAAAUCACGGAUAUGUGCAAUUCGUUGGCUGACGUGCCAACUGAAGCCAUUUGCAGCGAAACUGAAGUUUUCGAAGAUUGCUUCACUCACAUCGCAGAUACAACUCUGCAAGAAGACCUUACGGAGUUUUCCGAUGCAAAUAGCGCGACACCAAUUCAAUCAGAUUUUGGGUCCAGCAGUAACGAAUCUACUCCGAAGAAAACCAAAAGUCUCAGCAAAUCUAUGAAUUCCAAACAGAAACGCAACAUGGCGAGGGACCGUUAUAAAACGUACACGGUCGCAGCCGAAAUGGUGAUGCGCGAGGAGGAAGAAAAACAAAAACUAACUGAAUCAAUAUCAGAAAAUUUUGAAACAGUCGCUUGUUCAGAGAGCUACAACAGCGUUGCCGAUACCACUUACGUGACCCCGACUUAUACUGUUUCCAGUUCAUCCAAACUUACGCCCAAAGAGAGAAGAAAAGCCGACAAGUCUCGAUUUGAAACGCAAGUCCUUGACGAAGCUAUCACGCAAAUAUUGCAGCAGCCGGUAAUUGAUAGUCCUCCAAAAAGUGAAGCUUUAGAGGAGGGCACUAAGAGUCCUGCGAAAACUAAAUUAAGUAUACGACAAAAUUUCAUGCAAAAACGGCUUGAAAAUAAAGAGAGAUUCAAAACGCAAACGUUGAACGAAUCGAGUUUUUCACCAGAUGUUUCUUCAGUAUCGAACGGAGAAUCCGACAUGCACUUACUAGUUCAGCAAGAAGCCAACUUGAUCUUAAAAACCUUAAGCGAAACAAAAACCAACGCCGAUGAAUUACUGGACUGCGAAACGGUCAGUUUAGUUUCGAAUGACGAGGACUCUGAACACAAUUCUGGGUGUUCUAUAAACUAUAGAACAUAUCACAAGAGUUGGGGCUUUAGGAAAAACAACGUACCAGUCAUUCAAUCGAACUUGGUUCAGGGCGAAAACGAUCUUGCAAAUUACCAACAGGGCAAUUUAGACAAUGAUCCGCAAAUUGAAGAAUCCGAUCAACAAUCAGAGGACGAAUCCGAGGAGGAAGUAAAAGUCAUAGGCAAACCAAAAAUAACUAAACCUGGAGAGAAGAUUCAGAAGGUCCAGGAGGAACCGGAAGUUAAAGCGAUAAGAGGACGUAGAAAGCCGUUGUUUUCCAAGAGUAAUUACGGUAACAAAGCAAUCUCAAAAACUGUAAAACCUGUUAAGACCGUUAAUUCCAACUUACUAAAAAAUGUUACCUCAACCUUCAAGACCGGAACCAAUAUAAAACCCACUGCGAAUAAACAAAACGUGACGGUAAAGCCACCAAUUUCUCAGAGUAGAGUGUCCAGUGGUUAUGGCAGUCAAUCACUUUCGCCAAAAACAAGUCCGGCUAGACUAAUUAAUAAAAAUAACACACGGCCUUCCAUUACACCGCCGAAACAAAGUUUAACUCCAAAAAGAACGCCUUCCUUAGAAAGACAAGGCACAUUUACUAGAGACGAUCCUCAACCUCAGGUAGUUAAAUCAAAAAUUCCAGCGCCUACCUCGAAAAUUCCAUCUUUCACAUCCAAAAUCGCUAGAUCAAUUAUACCAACAUCGCAAAAACCAACAGUAAAUGGGAACAGAUUACCUGGUGCUCCGAAAAACGCAAUAAAAUCUGCCAGUACCGACAGAACAAGUAGAACAAAUAAAAUAUACAACAGAUCUACAAGCGCAGAUAGCAGGGAACAAGCCCCUAGAAAUAUACAAAGCUCAUGUUCAAGCCAAAGUUUAAAAAGCGAAACCAGUAAGCCUCAAAACGGAGCUGUUAAAAAGUCCGGAAUACCGGCAGCAGCGCAAAGAUCAAACAGUAAUAGCAGCAUAACCUCAACUGGCAGCGCCAAAAAGCAGGUGACCAGUAAAAUUGCUAGCUUGUGGAAAAAAAUCGAGCAGUCCAAAAACAAAGUACCCAAAAAUGACAGUAGGGUUUGGAUUCAGGCUGAACAAGAGCAGGAACCGCCUAGAUUAAUUCGUAGUAAUACAUUUGAUAAUAAGGAUCAAGUGAAAUUAAGGAACAAACCUCCAGGCAGUGAAAGCCCCACCAAACGCGUUUCGCGUCUUGGGUCAUUCAUUGUUAUGGAUGAAGAUGGCGUUGCUAUACCGCAACCGAUUUGUGCUGCGAACGUUUAAUUUUUUUUAUUUUUAGUGUAAAUUUUAUCACAGGAGAUCACAUGUUAAAAUCAACUUGUUCUAACUUAAUUUUGAUACAUGGUAUAAAUACAAUAUAUACAAUUUGAUUUUAAAAUGUUUAGUCAUGUCAGUGAGUUAAGUUAUUUUGUUGGAAUGUUUUGUUUGUCAUAGCCAUAUUAAUGUAUUUCUAGUCGAUUUUUUAAUAUAAGCAUUUAUACUUAUGUAAAGACUGUAUAUUUAUUUAUAAUAUUUAGUUUGUGAUAUUAUAUUAGCUGUCUAGUUUUAUCAAUGUAAAUAUAAAUAAAUUUUUAGGGUUAGCUAGUUAUAGACUAAAACACUUCACAUGUAGUUUUAUAUAAUGUUUAUAUUUAUUAUUUACUUAGUGUCACUUGUUAUGUAUAAAUGAUUACAAGUUUUAAUUUAACAUAGCAUACUUAAUUACAAUGUAAUGUUAUUACUAUAUUAUUCAUUUUUUUUUUCAAUAUAUUGCUUAA